AGAUAGAUAUUGCUAGGGUUUAAGGGUCGUCGUCCUACGAGUCUUCAACUGCGUUUUUCACCCUUCCAGAACCAUGACUGCUCAAUCGCAGGAAGAACUUCUUGCAGCUCUCGAACAGCAUAAGAUCGAGGGUGACGAGCCAACCAUUGAGGAUGAUGAUGAAGAUGAUGAUGAUGAAGAUGAUGAAGAAAAAGAUGAUGAUGAAAGAACAUGGAGAUGGUAGUAGUAGAACAAAGCAGAGCAGGAGUGAGAAGAAAAGUCGCAAGGCAAUGAUUAAGCUAGGAAUGAAGCCCAUAACUGGGAUUAGUCGUGUAACUGUCAAGAAGAGCAAGAAUAUCCUAUUUGUCAUAUCAAAACCGGAUGUUUUCAAGAGCCCAACUUCAGACACAUAUGUUAUAUUUGGGGAGGCCAAGAUUGAGGAUUUGAGCUCACAAUUGCAGAGCCAAGCAGCUGAACAGUUUAAGGCACCGAACCUCAGCAAUGUGGUGUCAAAGCCUGAGCCAUCAUCCGCUGUUCAAGACGAUGAGGAUGAUGUUGAUGAGACUGGGGUGGAGCCAAAGGACAUUGAGCUCGUAAUGACCCAAGCUGGGGUUUCAAGAGCAAAGGCAUGCAAAGCUCUCAAGGCUGCAGAUGGAGAUAUUGUCUCUGCUAUUAUGGAGCUUACCAACUAGUAAAGCCCAGCUCUCUCUCUUUCUCUCCCCCCUCUGUUUUUUUAGUUAUAAAUUUGGGUAAUAUUUUCCAUUAUAUGCUUGGCCGGAUGGUUGUUGAAUUUUUAUUUUAUGAAUUUCUGUCCUUGUUUUUGCAUUAUUUCUAGUUGUCUUAUUUCUGUAACAAGUUAUGAGAGUUGAGCCACUUGGCUCAGAAUUACGAAUCAAUUCAAAUGUUCGGUUUGUGGAUGAAUCUUCAGGGACAACACUAUCUACAGCAACCCUGGAGUUAUUCUUAAAUCUUGUAAGCAAAGAAAAUUAUAUAGACAUUUUAGCCAUAUUGUUCUUUUCUUUCAUGAAGAUGCAAAUAAAAAGCAACAUAUGAAGUUGACAAAACUCAAA